CCCUCCCGGCCGCCGCCGCCAUGGAGUCGAACCGGGACGAGGCGGAGCGGUGCAUCGGCAUCGCGCUGGCCGCCGCCAAGGCCAACCAGCCCGACAAGGCCCGCCGCUUCCUGGAGAAAGCGCAGCGCUUGUACCCCUCGCAGCGGGUCCGCGUCCUGCUGGAGUCCCUCAACAAGAGCGAGCAGUCGGCCAAUGGGCAGUCCCAGUCCAGGGAGUCCACAAACCCUCCCUUCAGGAAAAUGAGCGGGGACUUCCCGUCAGCCAACGGAGAGGCCGGAGGGGAGGCCCCCAAGGGCUACACUCAGGACCAGGUGGAUGCAGUGAAGAGGGUAAAGCAGUGCAAAGACUACUACGAAAUUCUGGGAGUCAACAGAGAAGCUUCUGACGAGGACCUGAAAAAGGCCUACAGGAAACUGGCGCUCAAGUUCCACCCGGACAAGAACCACGCGCCGGGGGCCACCGAGGCCUUCAAAGCCAUCGGGAACGCGUACGCCGUGUUGAGCAACCCGGAGAAGAGGAAGCAGUAUGACCAGUUUGGAGACGAGAAACUCAACCCUGCCCGCCAUGGGCACAGCCACUCCGACUUCCACCGCGGGUUUGAGGCCGACAUCUCCCCCGAGGACCUCUUCAACAUGUUUUUUGGUGGUGGUUUUCCCUCUAGUAACGUUCACGUGUACAGCAACGGCAGGAUGAGAUACACCUACCACCAGAGGCAGGACAGGAGGGAGCACCAGGGGGAUGGUGGCCUGGGGCUGUUUGUCCAGCUGAUGCCCAUCCUCAUCCUGAUCAUUGUGUCUGCCCUCAGCCAGAUGAUGGUGUCCAGCCCACCCUACAGUCUGAGCCACAGGCCGUCUGUGGGUCACAUACACAGGAGAGUCACAGAGCACUUGAAAGUCCCCUACUACGUCUCUGAGAACUUUGCAGACGAGUACACGGGCACGAACCUGAAGAACGUGGAGCGGAGCGUGGAGGACGACUACAUAGCAAACCUCCGGAAUAACUGCUGGAAAGAGAAGCAGCAGAAGGAAGGCUUGUUGUACCGGGCACGCUACUUCGGGGACUCGGACCUGUACCAGCGGGCACAGAAGAUGGGCACCCCCAGCUGUAGCAGACUGUCAGACGUCCAGGCUUCCCUGCACGGAUAGUCACGGCUCGGCACCAGCACAAGUACGAGCUGCCCCGGGAACCACCGUAGUGCUUUUAACACUCAAAUCCCUGGCUGAGACACAGACCUCCACGAGUCUCCUGGGAUGCACACAGGGCGGGAAGCACCCCCUGCACCGAGCCUUCACCCCUUAAUCAAGAUGCUGAUUUGGUUUAGUUUGCAUGUUGGCACCCUCGGCUCUCCCCGUCCCUGCUGUCUCUGGUGCUGUCAGUGCUGGCUCUCCGGGAUCCCUGGGUGAGGUUGGGAGCCCCUUGGCUGGUUGGCAGUUUGUUGCCAGCCGUGGCAUCCAGCCUCCACGUUUUAAUGAACCCUUUUUUGGUUGCUUUGUUGCCUGUUUUACUGGAAAAGCUGUUAUCCCUGGCACGUGAAUGUGAUGACGGGGAACGGAGUCCCACCCAACAGAUGUUCCUGCCCCCACAGUUGCCUUCCCCUGAUGCUUAAGGAGAGCAAAGCAAAUGGCCAGAAUUCCCAGCAGGUUGUAGAAGUAACUUACUGGUUAAACUGGGAAUCCAAAUAAAAGCAGCUAAGGAGGGGGUAGGUCUGGAAGAUUUAGGGGUUGGAGAGCUUGGAUUAAGAGAGCCCUGAUGUGAGACCGGAUGUGCUGCACUAAAAUAAUGAAAAAGAAAUUGGCACAGGGUUUGCAGUCCUUUUUCUGCUUAAAUUUCUGGGCUGAUUUUGCCUACCAGGUAGUGUGGGCAGUGAAACCUGCAGGUCCCUCUAUCCCAAAAUUAUUUGAAAACAGGGUUUCUGUAGAAAAAGAUGAAGCUUGUACCAGGUGUGGUACGGACACCAUUUCGACUCAGAGGGACUCCUUGAGGACGCUGGUCAUUGAGCUGCUUGAUUUGCAGUUUUGGGGUUUAUUUUCCUUGGCAUCUGGGAGUUUGGCCUUUAAAGCAAAUCCUCUGGGCCACGUUCAGCUUUUUUUUUUUGGUGUAUCCUGGUUUUGGAUCCAUUCUUAUCUUGGUCCUCCCGUUCUCUUGUUUGGAUGACUUCGCCUCUCCUUUUGCCACAGGCUGGUGUUAAUUACCUGCUUUUCUUUAACUCCCUCCCUGCACCCCGUGGUCUGUAAGGAGCCUGGAAAAGCUGCUGCCUGUGCUGUGGGGUGGGGAAGGAAGGGGGAGUGACGGUGUGCGAGUGCCCGGAGACUGACACCGCUCCCGCUUUUGUUCCCAGCCUCUUGAAAUGCCUGAAGACUUUUGGUGAAGUGCACUGAGCCGAGGUGUGACAGACUUUACUGUUUAAAAGAAUCAAACCUUAUCUUAAAAAAAUGGAAUUGGAGAAUUAGCAACGCACAACUGCCCUCUUUCUUCUCUCUGCCUCUCUCUGCCGUUCGGGCAGCAACUGGGCCAGGACCCUCAGCUGCCCAACUUCCUCCUCCCCUCCCGUCACCCCAGCGUGCUCUGGGACCCCACAGCCCCUGGAACAGACACGUGGAGUGUAAAGGAACCCAAACUAACUGCAGAAGCUGCAAAGCAGAAGGAGACCCUUCUCUGCUGCCAACGGAGAGAGAAGCCGGACGAUUUGGUGAUAAAAGAAAACUCUAAGAAAAAAAAGAAGAAGAAAACAUAAUCUAUUUAGCAUUAAUUUAUAGCUGUAUAUAUGUUGUACUUUUAAACUAUGCAGGGGUUGGAUGAUUAAAUUAUUUUGUUUUC